AUGCAGAGAGCUGGAGGCGGGGGUGCCCCCGGGGGCAGCGGCGGGGGCAGUGCUGGGGGCCCGGGCACUGCCUUCUCCAUCGACUCCCUGAUCGGGCCGCCGCCGCCUCGCUCCGGCCACUUGCUGUACACCGGCUAUCCCAUGUUCAUGCCCUACCGGCCGCUGGUGCUGCCGCAGGCGCUGGCCCCUGCCCCGCUGCCGGCCGGCCUCCCGCCUCUCGCCCCACUAGCCUCCUUUGCCGGCCGCCUUACCAACACCUUCUGCGCGGGACUGGGCCAGGCCGUGCCCUCGAUGGUGGCGCUGACCACCGCUCUGCCCAGCUUCGCGGAGCCGCCCGACGCCUUCUACGGGCCCCAGGAGCUCGCCGCUGCCGCCGCCGCCACUGCCGCCCGAAACAACCCGGAGCCGGGCGGCCGACGCCCGGAGGGUGGGCUGGAAGCCGACGAGCUGCUGCCCGCCCGGGAGAAAGUGGCAGAGCCCCCACCGCCCCCGCCUCCGCACUUCUCAGAGACUUUCCCAAGUCUGCCGGCAGAGGGGAAGGUGUACAGCUCCGAUGAGGAGAAGCCGGAGGCCCGAGCAGGAGACCCAGCAGGCAGUGAGCAGGAGGAAGAGGGCUCGGGGGACAGCGAAGACGACGGUUUCCUGGACAGUUCUGCAGGGGGCCCCGCGGCUCUCCUGGGACCUAAACCGAAGCUAAAGGGGAGCCUGGGGACUGGAGCGGAGGAGGGGGCACCGGUGGCCCCAGGAGUCACAGCUCCGGGGGGCAAAAGCCGCCGGCGCCGCACAGCCUUCACCAGCGAGCAGCUUUUGGAGCUGGAGAAGGAGUUUCACUGCAAGAAGUACCUGAGCCUGACGGAGCGGUCCCAGAUCGCGCACGCGCUCAAGCUCAGCGAGGUGCAGGUCAAGAUCUGGUUUCAGAACCGGCGCGCCAAGUGGAAGCGCAUCAAAGCCGGCAACGUGAGCAGCCGCUCCGGGGAGCCCGUGAGAAACCCCAAGAUUGUCGUCCCCAUUCCCGUGCACGUCAACAGGUUUGCCGUGCGGAGCCAGCACCAACAAAUGGAACAGGGGGCCCGGCCCUGAAGGGCUCCCAAGGAUUUCGGAAGCAAAGCAUCUGUUCCCCGGCCUGCUGGGAGACUGGGUUAGGUUCUGUGCUCCCAAGGGGCUCCUGCUGUGAACCGGCCCUGGGAGGGGGGCU